AUGGGCAAUUGGGUCCCGCUCGACGCUUAUUGGAGUUGUGAAUCGCCUUUCAAUGCGCUAUACAUCCUUUACGUCAAGAAGACACUGGAACUAUACGAAGAAGGUUUCGAGAAUCGGGAUAUUCCUAUCAGUGAGAGUGAAUUGCAGUUGCGGAAGAAGAGUGAAGGUGUGAACUUCGGGGAUCUACUAUCGGAAUUUGGUGAUAUAUCACGAACUCCAGUCCGGGGCUACGAUGAGUGA